UUUACAGAUGGAAAAGGCAAAAGGAAAUCAAAGUAUUAUGCCUUUUUCGUAAUUUUUCAGAAAAUAUGUCAGAAAAUGUUAUCAUCAUUAGGCCUUUUAAGAUCAUUGGUGAGGCCUUUACUGGGAUAGCUGGAGUUUUCCUCAUCAUAGCAACAGUCGGCCAGGAUUGGGUGGAAGUCCAGUUUUUCCGCACCUCUCACAUCAUCACCUGGGGAUUAUGGGAUAUCUGUGUUGGCGGACUUUGUUUGCCUGACAACGGUUGGAUAGAGGUUUGCCAGGCCUUGUCCUUGGUUGCCCUCCUUCUGUGCCUGGGGGCCUUUAUCUGUGGAUUUGUGGGACUCUGUAUCCAUUCUCACUGCAGCAAGAGGUUGUGGUUCAUCUUGGCGGGGGCUGUUAUGUCCCUCGUAGCACUUCUGGAUCUAUUGACGCUGAUCAUGUAUCCAAUCAUGUUUAACUCGGACAUCGUCAACCUACAGACGGACAGACACUGGCAUUAUACACUGAAGACCUGGAACUUUGACUGGACAUAUGGCUUUGGAUGGGGCGCAUUUAUAUUCACCACUGCAGCCUCCAUAUUCUUCAUUCUUCCUUUGGACGACAAAAAAAUUGUUACAAAACCAUUCUGAGAGGAGUCACAUGUAGUACUAGACUCCCAGACAUGUUUAAUCAUCUUGUGGCAGGAACUAUAUUACGGGGGAGUUAUAAAAUACAGAGUGUGAAUGGGAUUUUAAACUUACACCAUAUUCCAUACAAGGUUGCAUAACAGUAUUAUAUUAUGUAUACUUUUACUAAAGAUGCACAACUUAUAGCAGAUGGUAUGUACCUGGAAAAAACAAAAAAAAAGUUCCUUUAAGAUUUUAUAAAGCAUUAUUUCUCUUUAUGAAAUCUUUAACUGCAUUUGCAAAAUUAAAAUAAUUGGAUGCAUUUUGUAUUAGUGAAUUAUAGUAUUAUAUAAAAAUAAUACUUACCAAUAAAAUACUGUUAUAGAUUAAUUAUGCUGCUAUAUAAAGAUAUUUUGAAAUGCUUGUAUAACUUGAAAAAAGGAAGUCUCAUACAAGACUGUAAUUUUAAUUUAAACUUUUUUAUUUUUAUAGAGACAACUUCAGAUUAUUACACAUGUUACUGAGUUACUAAUUUUCUACAAAGUCACAAUCUUGGAUGACAUAAUUUU